AUGGCAACAGGCGUACUGUGCGACAAGAAAGUCCCUGUUCGACUGAAGUCGAAGAUCUACAGGACGGUUGUGCAUCCUGUUGCCCUUUACGGAUGCGGUGCUGGCCGACAACGAAAGCCUUGGAAAGAGUGUUAUGGAGCUAUGGAGAUGCGGAUGUUGAGGUGGACGACAGGUGUAACGCUGAAAGACAAAGUAUCCAAUGACACCGUACGCUCCAUCAUCGGCGUCGUCCCGAUAACUGAAAAGAUGGAGGCACGACUGAGAUGGUUCGAUCACGUCUUCCUGCGAGAGGAAAAUUCUGUUGCCAAAACCGCUCUGAAGCUCGACGUUUCAGGCGUGAGACCACGCGGCAGGCUAAUGAUUCGCUAG